UGGGGCCUGCCGGAAGUGGCGUAGCGGCAGGGAGGGGUUCUUUACCCUGUCCGGCAGCUGAAGCUCGGCGUUCGGGUUACCCCUGCAGCGACGCCCCCUGGUCCCACCGAUACCACUGCUGCUCCCGCCCCUUCGCUCCUCGGCCGCGCAAUGGGCACCCGCGACGACGAGUACGACUAUCUCUUCAAAGUUGUCCUUAUUGGAGAUUCUGGUGUUGGAAAGAGUAAUCUCUUGUCUCGAUUUACUCGAAAUGAGUUUAAUCUCGAAAGCAAGAGCACCAUUGGAGUAGAGUUUGCAACAAGAAGCAUCCAGGUUGAUGGGAAAACAAUCAAGGCACAGAUAUGGGACACAGCAGGGCAAGAGCGAUACCGAGCUAUAACAUCAGCAUACUAUCGUGGAGCUGUAGGUGCCUUAUUGGUUUAUGACAUUGCUAAACAUCUCACAUAUGAAAAUGUAGAACGAUGGCUGAAAGAACUGAGAGAUCAUGCUGAUAGUAACAUUGUUAUCAUGCUUGUGGGCAAUAAGAGUGAUUUGCGUCAUCUCAGGGCAGUACCUACAGAUGAAGCAAGAGCUUUUGCAGAAAAGAAUGGUUUGUCAUUCAUUGAGACUUCUGCUCUAGACUCUACAAAUGUAGAAGCUGCUUUUCAGACAAUUCUGACAGAGAUCUACCGCAUUGUUUCCCAGAAGCAAAUGUCAGACAGACGUGAAAAUGACAUGUCUCCAAGCAACAACGUGGUUCCUAUUCAUGUUCCACCAACCACUGAAAACAAGCCAAAGGUGCAGUGCUGUCAGAACAUAUAAGGCGUUUCUCUUCUCCCCUAGAAGGCUGUGUAUAGUCCAUUUCCCAGGUCUGAGAUUUAAAUAUAUUUGUAAUUCUUGUGGUCACUUUGUGUUUUAUUACUUCCUCAUACUUAUGAAUUUUUUCAUGUCUUAAGUCUUUUGAUUUUAGCUUUAUAAAAUCAUCCACUUGUCCCAAAUGACUGCAGCUUUUUUUUCAUGCUAUGGCUUCACUAGCCUUAGUUUAAUAAACUGAAUGUUUGGAUUCCUCAGUUAUUGUUUACUUUUCAUCAUGGAAGCCUGUCACUGUAGGACAUAAUAGAACUUGAUCGCUUGAAGCUCAGACCUAUUGGUCUUGAUCAAAUCAAACUAAGAAGACCUUAAGCUAUCAUUUUGCCACAGAGCAGCGAAUAAUGAGCAGCUUAUAAUUCAUACACUCUUCUCUCAAUGCAGUGUAUAUUUCCACAAAUCUAAGAAUUGCCCUAUAAACACAGCAAGAUUUUGAGAGCUUGAAAAUUUUCCAUUAUUCUGGAAGUCAAUUUCUAAAAUGCCUUAAUAGGGUUAAGUAGUUUAGUAAAUUUUGUUUUUUAAUUUUUGUAAGCAUCAAAGUUGAUUAGAGAGGGGGGACACUUUUUUCUGGACAAGAAUUAUCUUAAUAAACAUGAAAGACUGUUCUAUGGUUUCAGUAGCAGUGUGGUUAUGGAGCCAUAUGUUCAGCAACACUGCCUGCCAGGCUGGGAACUCGAGAGACUGGUGGAGUUCCAUCUGAGAUGCCUCUGUUGCAGUGAUCAGGCAGCCCACAUCACUGGGCCUACCUGUUUUCCCAGCAGUAGGUUAUGUGGCCUUUUAUUGCUCAGGCAAUAACUGGUUUAAUGCUGUUAGUAUCAAAUUGUGAAGUGUUAAUUUUGUCUUAAAACCCUCCAGUAAAUGAAACGCAACGUAGUUUUAUCACCAUAUCUAUCAGCAGGCAUGGAUAAUUAUUUUAACAAUGCUGAUGUUGAGUUUGCAAUAUAUUAUGGAAUACAGUCCAGUUAAAUUUCUGGUUUCAGUAUGUCUAGGAAUACAGUGAGAGGUUAAUUUCUGCUCAAGUGGUACCACUUAAAGGCAUGUAUUCUUUUAGUACGUAGUACCUUGAGUUUAAAUAGAAUGUAUUUAGGCAUUAUACCAACCUGAAAUACUUUUUCCCGCUACAUUAUUGAAAUCAAUGGAGCAACUAGUUUCCCAUUUAGAAAUGUGCACACUAAUACUGAGUUUUCCUUUCUUGUGGAUAAUAUUAAGCACUUACUCUGCAGUGUUCUGAAAGUUGUGUCAACUGAAGUGAUACUAUUCAGGAUGGUGGAAUAUCCCCCAAAUACAAAAAUAUAUAUGUGUGUGGGCUUGCAUAGAUUACUAUGUUUCAUAGUUAAUCAGUCUUUUGCAGUGCUUAUGAUGUGUGGGGCACACGGAAGGCAUUGCUGUGGUCAGUCUUUUUGGUUUUCUUCUGUAGCCAUUUAUUUUAGUGUAUUGGUUGGUUAUGAAGAUACUAUUAUCUAUUUGUAAAUCGCUACUUUGUAUUUUAUGCAUGCUCUGUAACUUGAUUUAUUUUUAUCUUUAUUUUAUUUUUUAGUUAUUGAUUUGGAAUAUAUUCACAUUCUAAUAAACAGUUAUAGGGGGACUAUU